GCUGAGGCUCCAGAGGUGACGGCGUGCACGAGCCACAUUCGGCCCGGCUGCGUGCAAUACACCCCUGCUGUGGCAGCACUCCUGUGGCUGAAGCUUUCCGGUUUCUAAUUCGCCAGCGCGGCCCCCCGGCAUCCAAAAAAAGUUCAAUUGGAGACUUGCAGCUCCCUCUCUGGCAACAUUGUGCCGUAACGUCAAGGAGGGAAAAACCACCAAACUUCCUCACAACCAGGUUCCCUUCCCCGAACAAAAACCGCCCAUCAUGCGCCGCGUACCACGUCUCCGGCAGUCGGGCCUGCUCGCGGUGUCCCCGAUGCAUUGCACCUGUACCGCCGCGCCCGCCACCCUCCCCAUCCAAGCGACGGCACGACGAGCCCUCUCGACGACGCCUGCGACGCACAACCGACUCCGCAAGGCCCUCUGGAAAGGCGGCGACGCCCCUGGCCCCGAGGACCCCUACACGCCCGAGUCGUCGCAGGCCCUCCGGCAGCAGCAGCUUGAGCGCGAGCUCGCCGAGGCCGAGGCCGAGCUGGCGGCGUACGAGGCCGACGCCCAGCAACACGUCAAGACGCAGAAGACGGACAGGGAGCGGAGGCACGUCACCAGCCGACUGACAGGCAAGAUCAAGAACCCGCGCGUGUGGGCGCCGACGGAGAAGGAGGGUGAGGCCAAGGGCUACGUGCCGGCCCAGACCGCCGACGGGCUCGAGGAGAUCGGCGGCCUCGAGGGCUGGUGGGAUCAGGAGGGUCGAUGGGGCAAGGAGAGCCAGUACGUCACGUUCACGCGGGGCGGCAAGGUCCUCGACGCAGCAGUGUGCGAGGCGCUGGUCAGGCAGGCCGUAGUCGAGGUGCUCGCUGUCCAGGGCACGCGGCCGGACCACCUGACUGGCACAUGGGCCAAGGGCGGCCGCAAGAACUUCAACCGCGCGAUGAUGGUGCGCCUGGUCGCUCAGGAGGACGGCAGCCUCGCUCUCCAAGGCGACGCCGAGGUGACCGCUGCCAUUGGCCGCGUCGCCACCAUCGAGUCCAAGGGGACCGAGGCCGAGGCCUACCUCACGCCCGAGGAGGCCCAGGAGCAGAUCAAGCAUUGGGACCCGAGCUGGAAGAGCGCCUCUCUGCAAGACGUGCGCUUCAAGUUUGCCGUCCACAAGCGCGUCUUCCAACUGACGGGCCACCACGUCCACGACGCCAAGCUCGCCCAGGUCAAGACGGUGGCGGACCUCAUCAGCACCAUCGUCAAGCCGCCGAAGCCGACAAAGCUGGCCGACGCGGUGCGCGAGCGCGGCGAGCUUCUCGAGCUGCCCAAUGUGCGCGUCCACGACCGCCGCGUCACGCCCAUCGACAAGGAGACGGCCGUCGGCCGGUGGAAGGUCAUCACGCAGGAGCUCGAGAAGCGCGGCCUGCCAGUCACGGGCCAUGAGCAUCUGCCCAAGCCGGUGCAGAAGAAAUGGAUUCAGGGCCGGACGUAAGCGGCGCUGGUUCGGGAGUUCGGUCUGGGGGGGUUGGCGAGAGGGGGAUGAAUGCAGGGAGAACAAAUAUGGGAGAAAAGUGAGGAUUGUGUCCGGCAUUGAAGAGGCUUGUACAGAUAUUGUACUCUGUGUAACAUAUGGAAUAUCAUCGAUUCUUGCUCUGCCAUUUGUUCUACGGGCGCUCAUGGAUUGAAGAGAUACCACAUGAAUGAGUCUUGUUGUUUGCGAGGGGGAGGAUAUGAGAUAUUUGGCUAUGACGAUACAGAAAGGGGCCUGGUGGAAGCUUUGUCACUACCUGUUGCACCAAUCUCCGUCUGACUUUACACAGCUGCCAUAAUUCGCCAUCGUCUCUCGCAAUUGUACGGAAUAUAGAUAGAACCAACAGGAAUACCUUCAUCCCCUU